UCCACGUUGAGCCUCUGUGAUGCAGUUUGGAGUGUUUGCUGAGGAUGCCACAAGAAGUAGCCUCUCCAUGUGACAUGCAGUGCACCGCCACUGUGGUUAUGUAAAGCUUAUUAGAUCAUUCUACCUCAGAAACAGGUGUAAAAAUGCUUUCAGUUAUCUUUCAGGUAAUGGAUAAAAUUGUAAGUGUGAUUAGAUGUUCAAGAGACAGCAUCUUAUAAAUAGGCUAUAUCUUGGAUCAUUUUGAAGAACCUGAAUCUGAAGACACCUUCUCAGAGUGACGAUGAAGAAGAUGAUGAUGAUGAAACACACAACGAACAGACCAGACAACACCAUCGAACCGAAACAGUAAAAGUCGUCUUUAUGGAGUUUGAAAAAUGACAUUUUCUAAACUGCUGAACGAGAGCAAGGAUGAAUUCCCCUCGGACUUUCUCUCCAACAUCAGCAACACCACCUGUGAGGGCAUCACCCUCGACUCUCAAGUCAUCGGCGUGGGAAUCUUUCUGGCCAUUUUUAUCUCGGUGGCCAUCGUUGGGAACAUUUUGGUUAUUCUCUCGGUGCUGUGCAACAAGCAUCUGCAGACGGUUACUAACUUCUUCAUUGUGAACUUGGCCAUAGCGGACCUUCUGCUGAGCAUCAUCGUGCUGCCGUUCUCCGCGUCUCUGGAGGUGCUGGGAUGCUGGGUGUUCGGUCGGGUCUUUUGCAACAUCUGGGCAGCGGUGGAUGUGCUCUGCUGCACGGCGUCUAUUUUAAGUUUGUGCGUUAUAUCUAUAGACAGGUACAUCGGGGUAAAACACUGCCUGAAAUACCCCACUAUCAUGACCGAACGGAAAGCGGGUGUCAUACUUGUGCUAGUGUGGGUUUCUUCGAUGGUCAUUUCAAUCGGACCGCUUUUGGGAUGGAAGGAACCUCCACCUUCAGAUGAGAGCAUCUGCAGAAUCACGGAGGAACCGGGUUAUGCUCUGUUCUCCUCCUUAUUCUCCUUCUACCUCCCGCUCAUGGUGAUUUUAGUCAUGUACAUUAGAGUAUACAUCGUGGCCCGCAGGACUACAAAAAGUUUGGAAGCGGGCGUGAAACGGGAGAGAGAUAAAUCAAUGGAAGUGGUGCUGAGGAUACACUGCAGGAGCAUGCCGGAGGACUCGAGCACGAGUUCGAAAACCAAAAAUCACCCGUUCAGAAGUUCACUGUCCGUGAGACUCAUGAAGUUCUCCAGGGAGAAGAAAGCUGCUAAAACCCUCGCCAUUGUCGUGGGGAUGUUCAUUCUUUGUUGGCUACCGUUUUUCUUCGUUUUGCCUUUAGGGUCAUUCUUCCCAGCUCUGAAGCCCUCUGAUAUGGUGUUCAAAGUAAUCUUCUGGCUGGGAUACUUCAACAGUUGCAUUAACCCUAUAAUUUACCCUUGCUCCAGCAAGGAAUUCCAGCGGGCCUUCACGCGUCUGCUGCGCUGUCAGUGCCAGCGACGCCGUCGCAUCCUGCGCCGCUUCUACGACCAGCGCUGGAGAACCGCCAUGAGGGGAGCCCAGCGGGACCCUCACAGAGACUUCUGCCCUGCGUUCCCCUUUCACGAGCAGUGCAGUAACUCGAUAUAUUCCUGCCAGAGCAAGCGCAGGCCUCUUAGUCUGAAGAGCUGGAGGUUUUUCCCCCCUUUACAGAAGUCCUCCUUUCAGCUGAAGGAGAAAAUGAACAACCUUUCCAAUAAGAUCAAGAACGGGACGGGCAAGAGCGCCACAUCUGCUCUGGCCAGGACAGAGAUUGACACGGUUUCAAUGGGAAUCUAUAAUGAGUGCGGCGAUCAGAGCGGUUACCAGAUCUACGACCUCACAGACUGCUAUGGCCUGAAAGAAACGGACAUCUAAACUGAGGGAUCUGACCCACUGCCAGCUCUAUAGGAACUGUGUUGUUUUAUAUAUAUGUAUAUAUACAUUACCAGUCAAAAGUUGGAAAUCAGUAAGAUUUUAUUUAUGUUUUUUCAAUUCUGCUCACUGAAACUGCGUUUAUUUGAUCCAAAAUAACAAUAAGAAUUGCUAAUUUGUGAAAUAAUAUUACAUUUUAAAUAGUUUUAAAUGAAUGUAGUUUCAAAUUGAAUUCAUAAUUGUAAUUCAAAGCUGAAUUAUCAUUACCUCCAUCUUCUUCAAUGUCACAUGAUCCUUAAGAAAACAUUGUAAUAUGAGGUAGGGCUGAGCCCAUAAAUGAUAUUAUAUCAAAUAGCAAUAAAAUUUAUGUCGAUAACAUGAUAAGCUUUGACCUUUUUAACUCUAUAUUGAUCUAAGAGCCAUUCACACAGCAGAAAUGUGCAACAAUGCAAAUUUAGAAGUGUGUUGAUAUUAGAAAGGCUCCGAAUUUUUGACCGCCAAAAUUAUUGGUCACCAAAAAUAGAUUAUGCUAUUUAAUGAACCCUCUAAUUUGUGGCUUUAGUCGUUGUUGGGAUACUCUUAUAAAUCUGGAAGCAUUAACAACUGAUAUCGAAAUAUACUGUAUAUCGUUAUUGUUCAAUAUGGAAAAUGUUUAGUUGUAUACUUUAUUGUCCCUCAAGGGGAAAUUUUCUGUAGACUCACACAGCACUAUAGCAGGUUCUGACACAAUAACAAUUUAAAAAAUAGCCAACAUGCAAAAAAUCACAUACACUAUCGUUCUGUGUUCAAUAGUCUGAUUGACACUGGAAUAAAAGAGUUCUUAAGCCUGUUCCGUUUCCAGCGGAAAGUUCUGUAUCUUCUUCCAGAAGGUAAAAGAUCGUAAAAUGGGAAGAGUACAUGCGAUGGGUUACUAAAAAUUCUUUUUGCUUCAUUCUGAGUGCAUUGCUCGUAGAGUGUUUGUAUACUAGGAAAAGUUUCAGAUCCUAUUAGUUUCAUAGCAGUUCUGAUAAUAUAAAAAAUGUUUGAUUUCAGAUUUACAGAAAGAUUGCCAUACCAUGUAGACCAUACCUGAUAACACUUUCAAAUACAGCUUGAUAAAAUAAGUACAAGAUUGUCUUAUUAACACCAUAAAACCAUAACCUUCGUAGAAAAUGCAGUCUUUGGUGAAGCUUUUCACAGAUCCAGUUUACGUGAGUGUCCCAUGUUAGAGACCUUUCUAUGUGAAAAGAUGUAAUCAAGGUUGCAUUUUUGCCAUAUUGCCCAGCCCUAAUAUGAGGAUUAGCUGUUCUAAUAUGAUUAAUCAUCAUUCGUACAAAAUCACUAAUAAUGAUCAGUGCUAAGUUUUUUAAGUACUGCUCCAUAGUAUCGUCUGAACCGAUACUUCUUACUUUUAGGAGUAGUACAAAGUAACAGCCUUUUUUCCCCCCAAAAUUUUAAAAUCAUACUUAACUGCGACAAGGGUGUAGAAUUGGCAUGGACGGAGGGGACAUGUCUCACCGAUAUCCACCAAUUACUGAAAUGUACCAAUACUUUAAUCAACUUCAAAAUAAAGUAAUCCUCGUCAACUCUUACAUGUGCACCAAAGUCAAGUUUGCUGCUAGUUCACCGUAAUACUAUUAACCAAGGCAGUGCAAUUAAUAAAAAAUCAGUUUGAUUCUGUCCUUCAUGACUAUGAAAAACAAUAAUCCGGAUAAAACAGUUAAAUUGUGUCACACACCUCUCUAAAUUUCUCUACAUUCAUACCUCCUCAAAGCCAGACUGCAGUAAAAUCAUGCAAGUUGACUUUUGCAGCAUGGGACGGGAUUGUUAUUUGUAUUAUUACGUGUUUAUUUUAUAUUAUUAAGUACUUUAAUCAUGUUUUUAAAAGCACAAAACAGAAUUUGUGCUGUUCAAUGCUCUAGGAGUGCAUGUCCCCACCAACGUCAAGAGCAAAUCUACGCCCCUGUUGUAUAUGAGAUUACACAAAUUUGUAUUAAUUAGCUACUAAAUCAAAAAGUUACGAAUUGUCGUGAAAUAGCAUUGUUUAGCAAGGAUUAUGUGACUGAAGACUAAUCAUGCUGACGUCAGCUUUAAACCACAAGAAUUAAUAAAAUUUUAAACUACAUUUGCUAAAAUAACAGUUAUUUAAUAUUUACAAUAUGAAUUCACAAAUGUAAUGAAUUUUAAAAAUGGCAAAAUGGCAAUGGUUUUUACUACAUUUUUUAUUACAUAAAAGCAGAACCAAGCUUGUUUUAAAACAUAAAAAAAUCUUACCGAUUCUAAAGUUUGACUGGCAGUCUAUAUAUAUUUGCCCUCAAUGAUCUGUAUUCAUGUUAUGUCUUUAAAUGACUUUUAGAAGCAAAUCUGAUGGGGAAAAUGAAAGGACAUUACGUUAAAGGAGAUUAAUGUGUUUUCACAUGGAUAAUUUAAAAUAUAUCACUUUGAAAAGUGGAAAAAGUACACUGAAUGGAAAUAUUAAGAAGAGAAAAAUACCUAUCUGCACUGGACCAGACUGAAAAGGCUCAUCGCUGCUGGGUUUCUGUGUACUGUCUUGUCCAUGUGGCCUUUGAGAAAUUGUCUGUCAGAUUUUUCAAACUCUCUGAUGACCAGCAACGGUUCAAACUGUAAUUACAAAGAGAGAUUGUUACAAUUACUUUGGCCUGUCGUUCAUUAGGUGUGAGUUGGUGAACGUAUUUAAUUGUGAUGUAUUCAGGAGACUGUUGAAUCCAUGAUACUGAUUUUUUUCUUAACACAAUGAUUCACUGUGAUUCGCAGUUGACUGUGCAGUUCACUUCUAAACGAUUCAGAAUUGAUUCAGAGGUACAUACCUUCAAAUGUGAGGCACAGUUUGUAAUUUAAACAGAUUUUUGUGCAGAUGUUUUCAGUAUUUCUGAGUGUAGUUGAACCCUUUGUGAUAUUCAUGCUAUUCUUAGUUUAACCAUGAGAUUCCAGAGUCAUGCCUAAAAGGACCAAGAGUUUAAAAAAACAAAAAACAAACAAAAAAAUUCUGAAUUAAUGGACUACAACUCAGUUUUUGUGUUGUUGAGAAAAGCUUUGGGUUUAUUUGUAUUGCUGAUGUGACCAUGUCUUUCAGUGACAAACAUUAAACAUAAUAAAUCAGAAAUGA